AUGAUGGAGCUCGAGGGCCGCGCGCCCGAGUUCUUCAAGGUCCUGGUGGUCAUGAUAGUCCUGGCGACCGUAGCCACGGCUCUGAGAGUCUAUGUCAGGUUAAAGAUCGUCAAGGCUUUUGGUGUUGAUGACUACUUCAUGGUUGCCGCAUUGCUUGCAUUUAUCAUGUUCACAACAUGCGCUUUGGGUGGAAUACGUUACGGUACAGGCCAACAUAUGGCCAACUUAACCCCUGAUAACACAAUGAGAGCUCUCCGCUAUUGGUGGUUAUGCUACGCUGCCUACACCAGCACCAUGAUGUUCGCCAAAAUCUCCAUCGGCUUCUUCCUCCUACGGGUGACGGUGGAACAGGUCUACAUCUGGAUCAUCUACGCCGCCAUGGGCAUCACCAUCGUCACUGGCAUCGUCUUCUUCUUCGUGACCGUCCUGCAGUGUAGCCCGGUGUCCUACUUCUGGAGUAGGGCCGUCGGCGGCGACGGCAAAUGUCUCGAUAUGGAGAUCAUCAUCGGUCUCACCUACUUCUACUCCGCCGUCAGCGCCCUCUGCGACUUCACCUUCGGCCUGCUCCCCAUCGUCAUGCUCUGGAACCUCAACAUGUCCCGCAGCACCAAGAUUGCCAUUGCGCCUAUCUUGAGCAUGGCUUGCAUCGCUUCUGCCGGUGUCCUGGUCAGGACGGCCUACGUCAAGGACUUCAGAAGUCCUGAUUUCCUCUGGGCAACCAUAGACAUCGCCAUCUGGUCCACCAUCGAGGAAGGCCUCGCCAUCACCGCCGGCUCACUAGCCUGCCUCCGGCCGCUCUUCCGCAUCUGCAGCGCCAAGCUGUCCUCCUACGGCAUCGGCUCCGGCGGGGACGGCGACGGGCAGAGCGACAACAACAGGCUGCACGACAACAACAACAACCGCGUGUGGCCCGGAGCAACCCAACGGAGCAGAGGCAGAAAACACAACGAACCCUGGAGUCUGCUGGAGGAGACGCAGAACCGCACGGUAGCAGAUCUCGAAGACGGCCGCGACAACCACCACUCGGAGCUCGAGCUGGUAGGCAAGAAGGCGACGGUCGAUGUGGAGAGCGUGGAUGAGAGGGCCGGGUCGGAUUCUGUAUCAUCGCAUAGAAUUCUGGUUUGA